GCGUCCAACAGGUUCCGAGUGCGAUCUGGCAAGGACGUGGGCGACACGACGAAGUCGACGCCUUCCACGCCACCUGGAGAUCAGCUGGUUGCCAAGUUGGGCGGUAGGCGGUUGACCAACUGGGUCGAAAGCUACCGCGACCUGCUGGAUAGAUGGCGAAUGUGGUUCUAUCGCGUAGACUUUGACAACUACUACUCCGCGCGUAUCGUCAACCAGUUUGCGCAUGGCACAGCCUCGAGCCAAGGGGCCACUAAGGUUACCUCGACAUCCCCCAACGCUUCCCGUGAUCCUGACGCGGGCAACGAGAAAGACGAGGCCAGGUUGUUGGUCCCGGCCGCGGGCGUUCGUGGCGUCGGUCUGCCCGCUGCUGCCAACCAGAUCUUCGUGGCGUGCAUUUACUGCGGUUGGCGAUUAGGCGGAAUCGUUCGUGGUAAUUCUGGAGAGACGACGCGCGCACGAGGUGGCAUGAUUUCCACUGCCAGCGGUGGUGGUGGUGGCGGCGGCUUCAACACCCCCGCUGCUGCCUCGCCUGCAACCAUCUCGACCUCCAUGCACGCCGGCGGUGGAAAACAGACUAUUUGUUGGCACUGUCUCAAGCCUCUACCGCGCUGCUCCAUCUGCUUGAUGCACAUGGGUUCGGAGAUGGUGGAGUCGGAGGAGGAGGUGCGGGCAACGGCUGACCCCGCCGAGCGCAAGGUCGACACCGCCUCUGAACCCUCGUCCUCGAACCUCCACGUCAAGAGCCGCCAGUCGCCUAUCGUCGAGGUCUCCAAUGGCAACGCUGCCACCAGCAACACCGGCAAACCGUCCGCCCAGCUCAACUUUCUUCGGCAAGUUACUGUCAAACUGCUGACAUGUCCCCCGACAACUCACAGUAAAGCGGAAAACGUCUCCCCUGGCGGGGGAAGCAGAGGCGGGGCGUUGCGAUUGGCCAGUUGGUUCGUAUGGUGUCAGGCGUGUAGACACGGAGGUCACGCAGGGCACAUAUUUGACUGGUUCUACCACGGCGGUGGCGGCGUUGGCAUAUCACCUACGCUCAUUGAAUGUCCCGUCAACGGCUGUCCCUGUCGGUGCGCUGGACUUGACUCCUCGGUGCCCCAGCCUCGCUUGAACCCCAAAACCAUCGCUGAACCCUCCCUGCCUACACCGACAGAGGUCGUCCACGAAGGCGCCAUGUUGCUUCAGUCCUCCAUCUCCUCCGAACCGACGGAAGUGUUGCCGAGCGAUGGCGAGGCUCUGGAGGAUGGAGGUAGCUACGAUGAUGUCGAAGGACCUGGGAGUUCAAAGAGGAGUUCUGUUGCUCCGGCAUCGGUGCCGAAAAAUCGGAGGGAGAUCGUCGACCCUAUGAUUGACUUUCUGUUCUCCAUGGUUAAGGAAGAGGAUGAGGCUGAUGAUGCUGUUGAUAAUGUGUGA